UGUUCUACCGUUAUUGAUAUGGCAACUUUCUCUGCGUUUCGACAUUUAAGCUAUAAUUUUCGUCUGCUUUGAACACGUGUGUACUGAUUUUUCGUCAACAUAGUUGGUUUGCCAGCAGCAAUGGGAGAAAACAAUACCCCUCCUGUUUCACCACGUGAACAAGGGCCUAAUGAAUCUGACGAAGAAGGCAUUGGAACACAGAAUGAAGACGAUGACUUUGAAGUGAUUGAAGUGUAUGAAGGAAAUGAAGAUGAAGAAGAUGUGACAGAUGGGGAGUGGAGGGAAGAGGGUGAAGGAGAAAUGGAUGAAGCUGAUGUACCUGAUGAUGCAGUAAUAACAUUUAAACAGCACUCUGGUUCUGUAUUUUGUUGUUCAAUUGAACCAAAAGAAAGUAAACUUGUUGUGUCUGGUGGUGAAGACGACAAAGCUUUUGUGUGGAAUAUUUCAGAUGGGGAGGUUGCAUUUGAGUGUGGCAAUCAUCAAGACUCUGUUACCUGUGCCCUGUUUAGUCAUGAUGGCUGCUAUGUUGCCACAGCUGAUAUGGGUGGUUUCAUCCAAGUAUGGAAGGUGGCAACUAAAUCUGUGGUUUGGACAUUUGAAACAGGAGACCUAAAUUGGCUAGACUGGCAUCCAGCAUCCCAUAUUCUAUUUGCUGGCACUGUUGCAGGUGAAACUUGGUUGUGGAAAAUACCAUCUGGAGAUUGUAAAACGCUACCCGGCCAUGGAGAGCGAAAUGAAUGUGGCAAGAUUCUUCCAGACGGUAGGCGUAUAGCUGUGGGUUACGUUGACGGUUCCGUGAAAGUAUUUGAUUUGAAAACCUUGGCUGUUCUUCAACAUUUAAGUGGAGGACAAAUGCACACUAAUGCUGUCUCCUCAAUCGAUUGCCACCGAGACAAUAACUUGAUGGUUUCUGGAUCUCUCGAUUCGACAGCAAAACUUUAUAACACUCAAACUGGCAAGCUUCUCUGCACCCUGUCCUGCCAGGGCGUUGGCAGUUCCGAAGAAGAGAGUUCAGUGGAAGCAGUUUCGUUUUGCCCGGAAACAUCUGUUAGCCUUGUCGUCACAGGCACGCUCAACGGGAAAAUCAGUUUUUGGGAUAUACCAACUCAAAUCGAAAGGCAGUCGUACGAUCAGGCGGCCGGAGUGGUGAAACUUGUGUGGCAUCCCAAACAGUCACAUCUGCUUUUCUCCGCCGGCUUAGACGGAGUGGUUCGAUUGAUUGAUUCGAGAAGUGGCACUCUGGUUCGUGAGUAUACCGGCCACACCGCCAACAUCUUAGACAUCGCCAUUUCAUUCGAUGGAUAUCACUUGGUUACAUCCUCGGACGACCAAACUUGCCGGGUUUUCGAGGUGAACGUUGACCAAUAAGUUGUGCCUUUGAACCAUAGCCAAAUUCUUCCUCAUCGAUCGUGGCCGAAGAUUCGUGGCUGACAGUUACUCUACCCGUGCCCUUUUGGUAUUCAAGGUUGUUUGUGUGUUUCCCAAGCUCUCGGGCUUCUUAUGUAAUUAUCGAAAGAAAAGCCGGAGAGGAAGAAAUCCAUCUCACUUGAAACAUU